AGAAACAUAACCUCGAUGACUUGACAAUGGCUGUGCUGCGAGCUUUGAGCAGAAAUAUUCCUUAUUUGAAGCAACAGUUUUGUGCUCUCCUUGGCAACACAAGCACUUCCGUCAAAUUUAUCUGCGGAGUCGUAAUCAUCAGCUAUGUUCCCUCCUUUUCGCAAGAGGCAGUCAAAGCGGUAUCAGUCACUCCUGGCUACUUGAUGCCCCCUUCCUUCUGGUUAUGGACCGCAUUUACCUUCUGCUUUAUGGAAAUACACUUCUGGGAAGUGUUAGUGGACAUAAUCACGGUCGGACUUUGCGGCAAACUAAUAGAGCCCCUGUGGGGACAAAUGGAAAUGAUGACAUUCUUCGCUAUCACGAAUUUUGGAGUGGCUGUUCUGAGCACCAUGUAUUACUUCAUUUUAUAUUGUUGUACUUCCAACCCGCAGUAUUUGUUCAGUGUGCACAUUCACGGACUGGCUGGGUACAUAGCCGGAGUAGCUGUUGCAGUUAAACAGAUAAUGCCCGACCUGGUGAUAGUCAAAACGCCUUUGGGGAAAAUAAGCAAUAGAAAUGUACCUUUGACGGUGUUCUUCUUGACUGUCUUGUGCAAGCUAGUCGGUUUGGUUGACGGUACUUAUCCCACCAUGUUUUUCAGUGGAUUGAUUGUAAGCUGGGUGUACUUACGGUUCUAUCAAAAACACUCCAAUGGUUCACAAGGUGACAUGGCGGAUUACUUCACUUUCGCAAGUUUUUUUCCGAAUGUUAUCCAACCACCCAUCGCUGUCAUCAGCAAUGUUGUUCACACAGGCUUGGUUAAAUUAGGCAUUUGUCGAAAAGUUGUUAGAAAAUUUGAUAUGUCGAAUCCUACUGGAGUUACUGUAACAGUUCCUACAGCUGAUCAGCAUGACAUGGAGCGAAGAAGACAAAUUGCCUUGAAAGCGCUCAGCGAGAGGCUAUCAAAAUCCUACAGCGACAAACAGCCAUUGAUCCCGUCAAAGACAAAACAAAAAACCCUACUCCCUCUACACGGACCUUCGACGUCGCAUCAGGCUCACAACUUGCCUCCGGCGCAGACUAGUAUUGCGAUUCAUCCGAAUAUAACUCCCAAAACUAAUGAAUAAUUCUUGACCAUAGAUAUAGAUAUUUAACUUAUGUAUAGAUAUAAUUGUUGCAUCAUUUUGUAAUAUACUUGAGAGAUAUUGAUGGAUUAAACGUUUAGUUUGUAAUUAUUUUUUUUAUAAGGAUGUAAUAUAAAAUAAAUAUUUAUUUAAAUA